AUGAUUGGCAGCUUCAUCGUGGGAAGCAGCGUUGGGAAAAUCUACUUUGUGCAAGUGUCGACCAAGUCGCAUGCAGUGUCGCUACGCACGACACUGACGGUUUCCUUCCGAGAAUGCAGGCAAGUCCUGGUUGACACAAGCAACAAGUCAUUCUAUGUACUGGAUCAGAAUGAUGAAGAGAGCCCUGCUCGGUUGGUAACGCUUGCGCCGACAGAAUUAGGCAAUAUUGAGGAGAAGAGUGUCUGUGGCACAGACCUUAAGGGACCUUCGACAUUCUCUCUCAUUGGCAAUUACCUUUAUGUGCUAGCUGACACUGGCUACACUAUUCUGCGCGGCCCGAAGGCACCUAUGACGAAAAGACGUCGGCGGACGAGCAAGCUGGAGCCUGUGCAUGAAGACCUUGUUGCGGAAUCGCUCAUUGAGCUAUUCGCGAUUUCGCAUCGCAUGGACACAGAAGACAUUAGUGAUCCGGGAGACCCACAGCCAGCGAUUGAUGUGAUUAAGCAGCAUAUUCAUGGCGAGACUGCUUCCGAUGUGGUUGCUAUGGGUAUGGUCAUCCCUUGUUCGGACGGAGAGGAGCCUCUGCUGAAGCUCCUCCCUGACGGCAAGGAUGAGUUCAUUUUUGGUCUGACUCGAAGUUCGCUGACAACUUACGAGGUGCAGGAACAAGAUGGUUCACUCGUUGAUUGUGCCAGCCACGAGCUCGAAGACGAUGCAAUUGAUAUGGCCGUGGACGAUGCUGCAUCUUGCUUUGUGCUCACUCGUACAAGCAUUGUGCAACUAGCUAUCGUUGGUGGCGGCUUUUUGGAUGAAGUUGAGACAUUCUCCCUGCCACUUGCUGCGGAUGAAGCUGUCUACAGUAUUCAUGUGGCAGCAUAUAGUCUAUGGAUACGCUGUGCAGAGCGAUUGUUGCAGGUCAACAUUCUCAAUGGCAAGACCAGGUCAUUGCCCGUUGUCUGCCGCAACUUGUACGUCUCUCUGGACGCAGAGAUGUUGAUCACGGCGAGCGAGUCGGCCAUGCAAUUGCGUGACAGGGAUGGGAAGCUGUUGGGAGAGCGAGAAUUGGAGGGUCUUGCGGAGAUCACGCGCAUGUCAUAG